AUGUCAUCAUCACCUAACUCGGCUGACUGCCAUACGGUGUGCGAUCUCGAAGAAGCCGCUACCAAGAGCCAGUCAACAGUAUCGGCCGACCAAGAUCUUCCCCCUAAGGGAGAUGACGAUGACAAGAAAGGUCACGUCGCCGGCCAGAACACUGAGGAGGCAGAUGCAGGCAACUUGAUUACUCCAAGCAAAGUAUGGAAAGCCACUUCUCGAAGAGUUGAGGGGUGGUGGGCUAGCUUCAAGAAGGAUCCCCGCUUCUUACUCGAUCUGGUUAUCGUAUAUGUAUCGGUGAUUGUUGACUUUAUGGGUUACACUAUGCUAUCACCUGUAUUUCAACAGGUCGUCCGAACCCUUGGAAACGGAGGGUUAGGCGACAGCCUGGGUGCUUCCAUGUUGAUGACAUUCUACGCCAUCGGACAGUUCAUCACAGCGCUCAUCUACGGGCCGCUUUCCGAUCGAUACGGCCGUAGAAUUGUCUUUGUUAUCGGCUAUACGUUCGCUUGC